AGUCCGCUAAACUUCAGCGCGCGCGGACAGCCGUGAGCUGGCGGAGGGCUCGCGAGGGUUCGAGAACAGAUGCAAACCGCAGCUGUCUUCACAGGCAGACACAGAGUGGACAGUUCACUGAACGGUGCGCUCUCACGCGCCAGUUUGUGCUCGUUCAUCCCUCGACUCGUUCGUUUGUUCUGAGGACAGUGGGCGAAUAGUGGACGCGCGUGCUCCCCGUGCUAUGUCCCGCUCUCGCGCUGGGCCAGCCGGAGGCAGGGCAGCAUGGAGAUGAAUGCGCGCGAGCCGCGGACGCCCGAGCCCAAAACGGACGGGCUGGCGGUGAACUGUGACGGGCUCGCGAGCCGCAACGGCGAGCCCGCGGAGAUCACCGUGUCGCUCUCGCACCCUGGCAAGCGCGUGAGCCCCAUCGAGGGCAGCAACCUGUACCGCCUGCGCGACAGAAAGUUUCUGCUGGAGGACAAGCGGCGGCUGUGCGCGUGGGCGCUGGGCGCGGCAAUGCUGGGUAUCCUACUGAUGAUUACGCACGCGGAGCUCUGCCCAGCGGUGUACCAGCCGGGUUCCAUCUACGCCCUCUCCAUAAACGGCCUCAUCAGUGUCUCCACCGGCUGUCUGCUCAUCCUCAUCAUUGCCUUCCAUUAUAAAGACAUCCGGCUCUUCAUCAUAGACCACAACCAGGUGGACUGGCGCAUCGCCAUGACAACCAACCGGGUGCUCGGCAUCUCUCUGGAGCUGCUGGUCUGCGCCAUCCACCCAAUAGCCUCGUACCUGGGGCCUGAUGUUGGGGUGCCAUCGCCCGUCCUCACGUGGAACACCUCCGUCCCACCCAUCUGCCUAUGCCAGAGCCAGAGGGAGACGUGGAUGGAGGUGGAGCUUCUACUGUCGGGCCUGAUGUUCCUGCGCUUGUACCUUGUGCACAGAGCCAUCCUCCUCCACAGCAAAGUCCUUCUCAGUGCCUCCUACAGGAGCAUCGGCUCUCUCAACAACAUCAAUUUCACUUUCCGCUUCGUGCUCAAGGUGCUCAUGAACAAGUACCCAGCCCGCACCCUGCUGGUCUUCAUCAUGUUGUUCUGGCUCUCCGCUGCUUGGAUGCUAAGGCUGUGUGAGAGGCAGGAAGUAGUGCAGACAGGAGACAUGGGUACAGCACUUUGGCUCAUCGCCAUCACCUUCCUCACUGUGGGCUACGGAGAUGUGUCCCCCGAAACCAGCUGUGGCAAAGUGGUCUGCCUCUUUACAGGCGUCAUGGGUGUGGCGUGCACUGCUAUGUUGGUCGCAGUUGUGACUAAGAAGCUUGCGCUAAACAAAGGAGAGAAGCAUGUGCACUUCUUCAUGAUGGACAUCCAGAUUUCCAAAGAGAUCCGUAACGCUGCUGCUAACGUGCUGAGAGAAUGCUGGCUGCUCCACCGGACCACCCAGGCCAAGAAUAACAAUGGUGAGCACCGGCACCACCAAAGAUGCCUGCUGGAGGCCAUCCGUGUAUUUCGCCACCUGCGGCUGAAGCAGAGGAAGCUGAGAGACUAUACCAGUGAGAUGGUGGACCUCUCCAAGAUGCAGAUGAUCAUGUGUGACCUGAGUGCAAACUGGAACAAUUCCUACCGCGAGCUGGAGCAGCGGAUCAUCUCCAUGGAGCAGAAGCUAGAUGAGCUGGGUCAGUCUUUCCAGAGCACCUCCCAGCUGCUGAGCCAGGCCCUGCAUCGCCGUCGCCUUGACCACAGGUGACCUGGGGCAAAUUUCUCCUCCGAGACGCCACAGCGGAGGCCACUGUCCUCUCUAUGUCCUCCGCUGAUUAAAACUGCACAAGCCACUUACAGCGCGGUGUAAAUGGAAGACUUCCAUGAUACGUGCACAUUAUUUUUUCCACGGACCUCAAGCUGCAAUGACUUUCUGUGAAAAAGAAAGAAUAUCCCUAUACCACACCAGGGUAUGGGACAAUGGGAUAAGGACUUAAAUGUAUUUAUGACAAUAUUUAUGUUUAUCUCUUAUCUGCGACACUGAAAAAAAGAAAAUAGAGAGCGGCUUCGGUGUUGGUUUGCUUUAAAGGUAUGAAAUCCUCUUGGAGGAUCGUGAAACUGUUAAAAUUUAAUUUCCACUAUUGCUUUGAAUGCCAGUUUCCCUGGUUAUUUUGAAUGCUGUCUAGCUGGUCCAUGACUUAAAAGGAAACUGUCCAUUUUAGCGGUGAUGCAGUCGACCCAGGCUGAUGUAUGUUAAUAUUGGUGUACUGCUCCCUCUGAUAAAUAACUAUUGUCCUAACGUGCCUCUGUUGCUUUCGCCACUGCGGCUGAAGUGAUUUCUCAGCAUCUAUGCCUCAGACUUUUGUAUCUACUUCAUCUAUACUUCAGUCUUACACUCAAAGCAGAUUGUGUACUCUAAACAGGUUUCGCCAGAGUAGUGAAAACCUCAGAAUGUCUGGGUAGAUGUGUCCAUUUCUUUGGUGUCCAUUAUAAUGCACAGAUUAUAAGCCCAAAUGUUCUUUUGCACAUUUUUUUUUUUUUUUUGCAGUUUAUGCUCUACAGCAACCAACCCUCCUCCAGGAGAUCUACUUUCCCGUAGAGUUCACCUGCAAGGAACUCAGUUCAAGCAGCAUCACCAAAAACACAACUGUGAACUGAAACUUUCAGUUUCCACCUGUCCUUAGCUAAGACGGUCUGCGCUGAGUGAGCGCUUGUACAGAUAUUACAGUUCGUCUUCAGUUCCGUAAACAAACUUCCCAAAUUCCCCCCUAGCAGUCUUCACGUUCUGAAAAAGGCUCAGGUUUUUCAGUUUUGCUUUGCAAAUCAACACGCUUUACAUCCAAUCCCAAAAUAUUGUUUAAGACGUGUCCAUCUCUUGCUUAGCAGUUCAGUCUACAACAUGCAAAACAGCUUUCUGUUUUUUUCUACUGCACACAAACAAAACAAUACUUUAUUUGUCCAUUUAUAUAAAUAGAUUUAGACUUUACUUUUCACAUUUGUAGAUCUGUGUUACAACUUGUUUCCUCAAAAUGUAGCACCUGGUUAAGUAACAUGCAGUUCUGAUGCUGAGUUUUAAAGUGAUCCAGUUCACCCAAAUCUUACUCAGAGGCUGGUUUAUUUGAG